GGGGCGGAGAGGGGGCCGGAGCGCACGCGCGGUCGGGCCCGUCCCGCUCGGCCGGGUUGGGCGCGGUGCCGGCCCCGCCCCUCGCGUCUCGUCCGCGCGGCGCUCCAAGGGCAGGCGGACAUGGCGGCCGUGUUGGCGCUGCGGGGCGGCCUGCGCGGGGCCCUCCUGGCACAGCAGCAGCAGCGCGCCUGGAGUUCGGGGUCGGGCGCCGACCAGCUCGGCGAGCUGGGCAAAGGCGCCGGGAAGGGCGGCGGCGGCGGCGGCUCCAUCCGCGAGGCCGGAGGGGCGUUCGGCAAGAAGCAGGCGGCCGAGGAGGAGCGCUACUUCAGGGAGAAGGAGCGGGAGCAGCUGGCGGCCUUAAGGAGACACCACGAGGAGGAGAUCGAUCACCACAAGAAGGAGAUCGAGCGGCUGCAGAAGGAGAUCGAGCGCCACAAGCACAAGAUCAAGAAGCUGAAGGAUGAUGACUAAGCCGCUGCUGGAUGUUGUUUGCCUCGCGUGGCCGGUGGUGUAAAACAGCCGUGCAGACUGUAUGCUUUGGCCAAAGUUAUCCAGAUGUGUCCUAUUAUACUAUGGUCGGCAGCAAUGUCAAAUAAACUGCUCGGUGUCUCUCUUC